CUUUGUGGCGUCAGUGGUCGCUUCUCCAAACGGAAAUGUAGCUAGCAGCGCGCCUUGCGGAGGAAAAGCGAAUCAAAAGCUCCGUGGUCCUUCCGUUGCUUGACAUCACCUCAUUUAGUCGGCGUGCAACACGUUUCGCGUCUCAAGCAGACUUAAAAAAUGCGUUACGUGGCUGCAUACCUGUUGGCCGCCCUCGGCGGCAAAGAGAACCCAGCUGCUGCCGACAUUGAGAAGAUCUUGAGCUCAGUCGGAAUUGAAGCUGACAGCGCUGCAUUGACCAAGGUCAUCGCUCAGCUCAAGGGGAAGAACCUUGAGGAGCUGAUCAAGGAGGGUAGUGCCAAGCUUGCUUCCAUGCCCGCUGCUGGUGCUGCUCCCGCAGCUGCUGGUGGUGCUGCCCCGGCUGCCGCCGCAGAGAAGAAGGAAGAGAAGAAGGAAGCCAAGAAGGAAGAGUCUGAGGAGGAGGACGACGACAUGGGCUUCGGUCUUUUCGACUAAAUCAAUGUCGCUGCAGCUGUACAUCAAGUUGGACUGGCCUCUCAUCAUUCCCUAUUUUUACCUAGGCUAAGUUUGAUAUUAGACCUAAUAUUUAGGUCGGAGUAUGUGUGAUGAAAGCUCAGUUUAAUUUGGUGCCCAAUAAAUUGUCAAAAUACA